UUUGACAGUUCUCCUGAUGAGGUUCAAAAUAAACUUUCAUCUGCUUCUGAAAUAAAGUGAUUUACAAUUUGUUGUAUAAGAUAUUUCAGAUGAACGUGCAAAUACGAAGGAUAAUAGUUCAGCAAACCCGCAACUACAGCUAUAAACCGGUGAAACGAGUGAAGUUUCCCCCAGCAGGUUCAUCAGUAUUGAAAUUGGACAGAAACAGCAAUGUUCCGUCACUCAAAAAUGAGCUAAAAUCUCGAAUCUUUGCAACUGGGCCUAUUUCGAUAGCUACGUACAUGAAGCAGGUACUAACCAAUCCCGUGGCUGGUUAUUACAUGACCAGUGAGAAUGUAUUUGGCAGUAGAGGAGAUUUUGUGACCUCUCCAGAAAUUGGACAGAUAUUCGGAGAAAUGGUUGCGGUUUGGUGUCUGAACGAGUUGUCAAAGUUUGGCAGCGUUACGCCUUGUCAAUUGAUCGAACUUGGGCCUGGGAAAGGAACUAUGAUGCGUGAUAUUCUAAGAGUGUUCGAUCAGUUCAAAGCAUGCGACGGGCUUUCGGUUCAUUUGGUUGAAAUGAGCGAACACUUGAGUAAAACACAGGCUGAAUUGUUAUGCCGUAGCAGCACCGAAUAUUCAGAUAAACCAUUCUACCGGUCUGGUAUCACCCCCAGUGGAAUGAAAAUUUACUGGUAUCGACAACUUAAUGAUGUCCCACAGUGUUUUUCCAUUAUUUUAGCACAUGAAUUCUUCGAUGCGUUACCGAUUCAUAAGUUCUCGAAGCAGGAAGACGGCUGGAAGGAAGUCCUAAUCGAUAUCGAUCCCAAAAAUGGUGAAAAAUUUCGAUUCAUUUUGUCAAAAUCGGAGACGCCAAUGCUUCGCUUGUUUCUGAAUCACUACCCGACGCUAGUGAAAGAAAGGGAACACAUUGAAGUUUCCUUCGAUUCGGAAACCAUCGUGCGACAGAUUGGCCAGCGGUUUCACACCAACGGAGGCUUUGCGCUUGUAGUGGACUAUGGUCAUUCAGGAGAGAAAGGUGACACGUUCCGUGCCUUCAAAAACCACCAACUGCAUGAUCCGCUUGAUGAGCCAGGCAACGCCGAUUUAACCGCUGAUGUUGACUUUUCGAUUCUGAGCCACUUUUGUGGGAACACGUCGCAAAUUGCCAUUGUCGGACCGACCAGCCAACGGUCAUUUAUGGAGUUGGUCGGAGCGAAGGAACGCCUGCGGGUUUUACUCAAGAGUGCUGGAAGUGAGGAAGAAAAAUAUCGAUUGGUGGAUGGAUUUAAAAUGUUAACCGACCCAGAGCAGAUGGGGGAGAGAUUCAAGUUUUUCGCACUGUUUCCGAAGGAGCUAGAAACGUUCAUAAAAUGCAAAAGAUGAAAAUUUUUAUGAAUAAAAAUAUUU